AUUUGCUCACUGCUAAAUGCACCGACUGGCAUUGCCAGCUGCAAACAACUUCGUCGUCGCCACUUACUAGCACUCUACUAAAAUAAAACAACAACUACAACUCACCAUGUGCCCUAGCAGCUGGCUGAAAACUAGACUGGCGCUGCUGCUGCAACAGCGACCGCAUCGUAUACACCGCUGCUACCUUCGUCAUUCGUACGCCGUUGAUUCGGCUACACCGCUGUUGUUUCUGCUGCGGCCGUGCCAGCUGCCUGACACUUCAGUUGUUUCUUAAAAGCCGGUCGAAGCUGUUGUGAAGAGUCGGUUAGUGCGCGCUCGAUGUGCGAAUUUUUAUUUAUUAGUGCUCGCUACCAACAAUAAUAACAACAACACAUUAUCGAAGUGAAGUGCAUACGAAUUUUUUCGAUUUACGAAGUUAUUUGGUAGAAAUACUAAAAGUGCAGCGAAGUGAAUUUGGCUUACUUAUCCAAGAAGGUAUCCAAAAAAAAAAUUGGCGCUAAAUCUAAAGCGCAUGAAGAAUUAAACAAGUAAAGCGGAAAAAAUUUACAAUUGCCUGCAUUUUUGUUUACAUUUAAGUGGAGGCCAGAAAAAAAAGAAUUUAACGCUGUGAAAGGUGAAUAAUACAAAGCGAAAACGAUGUAAUGAAAAGCAACAAACGAAAUUAAAGUGAAGUACCUACAUAUUUAACGACAAAAAAAGUGACGAUGCCGAGGCAAAAGAAUAAGCAAAGGCAGUAAGUGAAGUGAAGUGAAAGAAAGUAACACGAAACUGGUGUGUUUGGGUAGCAAAAGCGAAGAGUAAGAAGAAGACAAGCAAAGCAAAUGUCGAAAAUGUAGAAAUGUGGAGGAGCAGUGCAAAUGCAAUUGGAGUAAAUACAUACAUACAUACAUACACAUAUGCACAAGUGUUGUUAUUCUAGCAACGCGAAUGAGUACAGUGAUGCGCUUUGCAAUUGUUACAAAUUAAUUUAAUUGGAGUACUCAACAAUUGAGGUGAAAAAAAUUGUAAAACAAAAAAAAAGAAUAUAACAAAAACAAAAGCGUAGCAAAUACGUAUGCGAAGUGUGUGUAAAGAAUACAUUAAAAAUUGCUAUAAAUCAAGUGAAAUUAAUGUGAGCGGAAAGUGUAAUUGAAACAAAGUGAAAAAAAUAUUUAAACAAAGUGCAAAGAAAUAAUUGAAAAAAAAGUUAUAAUAAUUAACUGAAUAAACAAGUGGAAUACUAUUAGCAAAAGCCAGCUUGUGUUAGUGCUAAUGAAAACGUGCUAACUAAUAUUCAAACAAAAAAGCAAUUUUUAACACGUUUAAUGCGAAAUCUCUACAAUUGUCUUGCUGAGCGCGCAAUUCGUCUUUAUUGCAACAAAAGGCAAAAACAAAGAAUUCUCCGUAAAGUGCUUACAAAAACGUGUUAUUUAAGCGGUGUGAAUAUAUAAAUACCCACAUACACAUAUAUAUGGUGUAUACUGGUGCUUUUGUGCUUAAGGUUAAACCAACACUUACUCGCCAUCGAUUGCAUUUUUGUGGAUUUAAGCAAAGUUUAAAAUUCGUUGGAAAAUAAAUUCGUUAAGUUGUGGCUUGCAGAAUAUAUACACACACAAACAUACAUAUAUACAUGUGAAUGUACAGCCAGACAACAGGUUAUUUGCUUGUGAGCAAAUUAUCCAAGAACAAACUGAUCUCUGCAUCCUGAAAGAGUUUAUAACAAGCAGUAAAUUGUAUUAUAUAUUUCUAUUUGAUUGCAUUAUAACUGAUCUGGACACUACAAUAGCAGUAUUUGAUCCAGAAUUUUUACAACAACAACAAUAUUGCUGAGAUAUUUUUAGUAUUUCCUUAAUACUCACACAUGUACGCUAUUUGAUCUCACAAGCGGUAUUCGAUUGUAACGGGAGUAGUUUUGCGCUGGCGGAUCAAAGCAGCUGUUGCUCCAAGCGACACAUAUACACACACAAAUACGCAUACAUAUACAUGAAUGGCGCAAUAAAUGCACACAAAUGUGCAACAUUAUCCGCAAAUAUGUAAAAGCCAAUGUCAACAGCGAAACAACUGCCACGGCAACAACAACAACCACCAGCAGCCAGCAAUAACAGCACACAGCAAAGUAUAAAAGCAGGAAAUCACAUUUUGAGAUUUACAAAAGUCAAAGCAAGCGAAACAAGGCAACAAAAAUACAAUAAAUACUAAAGCAACAACAAAAGAAACACCAGCAAAAUAGCUAUACAACAAUUACAAACAACCGUCAGUGUUAUGCUAAUUACAAAGUGACACAACACUGUUGCUAAAUUACACUGGUAUUAUAGCAAAAUAAGAACCAACACAAAGCGGUAAAUAACCGUUAACUCCCAAAGGCGACAAAAUAAUCAAAAAGCAAACCAACAAAUAACGGACGCACAAACAAACUGCCAACGUAAAGGAUUUACUGCAAGGACGUUAAUUAAUCAGAAGCUUGUGCAGAAAACGAACUUGCCACAGCAACAGUACUAUAUACUAUACACGCACACUCGACAAACAAAGCAAUCAGCAACACGCCCAAAACAACCGCCGACCCUGCAACACCGAAAGCUUAGCUUGAUAUCAGAGAUUGGCUAGAGCAAGCUGACAGAAACCAAAAGGCAACGGAUAGCUAACGGUCAGGCAUUGCCACAUUGCGGCGCAACAGCAUAGAGUUAAUAAUACGCCUGUGGCGGACACCAGCACUGUAAGCGCAGCAGGCAAUUAUCGAUAAUAGCAGACAGUUGAGAAGCUGUAGCAACCGGAAAGGCAGAGUUGCACGCGCCACAAAGGUAAACGCGUGCAACACGAAGCAGCAGUACACGCACACACACACACACGACAUGUUAAGCCACAUUGAUAAGAGUGUGGCAAGUUGUUGUAGCAGUAGCAACAACAGCAAUAUGCGUAAUCAACAGCGCCAUUCAGCGAGUUGCGCAGGCAGCAGUAGCAACAACAAUACAACAAUAAAAUACAUUAACUCUGCGCCACAACAACGUCAUAAUAGCGCACGUUCUACCAUGUCGCUCGUGCUACUCACACAAACGCUGUUCUUGCUGUUGCUGCUCGUAAGCAUAGCGCCCACGGAUGGCAACCCCGAUUGGAUGCAACAUUGCAGCAUGUGCCAUUGCAACUGGAAUUCGGGUAAGAAGACAGCCGAUUGCAAGGCGCGCUCGCUCACCACCAUACCCGACGAUCUGAGCAACGAAAUGCAGGUUGUGGACUUCUCGAAUAAUCUGAUACCCGAGUUGAGGCGUGAAGAGUUCGCCGAUGCGAAUUUACAGAAUCUACAUAAGAUAUUCUUGCGUAAUUGCACGAUACAAGAGGUGAACCGUGAUGCGCUCAAAGGUCUACCCAUACUCAUCGAGCUGGAUAUGUCGCAUAAUUUCAUACGCGAGCUGCACGUUGGCACAUUCAGUGGCCUUGAGAAGUUGCGCACGCUCGUUAUGAAUCACAAUGAAAUCGAGGUGCUGGAAAAUUAUCUCUUUGUCGACUUACCAUUUCUGUCGCGUGUCGAAUUCAAAAAUAAUCGAUUGAAGCAAGUCGAAGUGCAUGCCUUCGGUCAGCAGCCGAUGUUGUCGGCCAUAUAUCUGGAAGCUAAUGCAUUGUAUGUGCUACGCAAAGAGACCUUCACACGCAUACCGAAAUUGACGCAUCUCUCAUUGGCGCAGAAUCCCUGGAACUGCACAUGCGAACUGCAAGCCUUACGUGAUUUCGCGCUCGCCAAUCGUCUGUACACACCGCCCACAGACUGCGCACAACCGCCAGCGCUGCGUGGCAAGCUUUGGACCGAUGUACCAUCGGAGAAUUUCGCCUGUCAGCCACACAUACUCGGCUCGGUGCGCUCGUUUGUCGAAGUGCAAUCGGAUAAUAUAACACUGCCGUGUCGUGUCGAAGGUACGCCGCGCCCAAAUAUCACCUGGAUCUACAAUCGACGUGCCAUCAAUCCGAAUGAUCAACGUUUUCGUGUGCUCAACUCGCUUGAACAGCAGCCGGUCAUCAGCUCCGAUCCGCUCGAGUCGGUCACCUCUGAAUUGCGCAUAUUCAAUGUGCGCGCCAGCGAUAAGGGCGUCUACACUUGCAUAGCGGAGAAUCGUGGUGGCAAAGCAGAGGCUGAAUUUCAAUUGAUCGUCGAUGGUGACUUCUUUGGCGCGCUCGAAGGUAUUGGCGUCGGCAUGGGCGCUUCCACCACAGACACACAAUCGAAUUUCCUACUUGUCAUCUGUUUGAUUGUCAUUACCGUGCUGUUGAUAGUCAUGUGUGUACUGCUCAUUGCCUGUUGGUAUUGUCGACGUGCACGCUCUUAUCAAAAGGAUGCGACCAUGAUGAGUGAGAAUGGUUUGAUAUCAACGAAAAUGGACAAGACCAAUAGUUCGAUGUUGGAGGGUUCAGUAAUAAUGGAGAUGCAGAAGAGUCUGCUCACCGAGGUGAAUCCGGUUGAGAAACCGCCGCGUCGCACCGAACUGGAGAAUGUCGAUGGCAGCGAUGAGGGGCAUGAAAUCAAGAAGACACUACUGGAUGAAUCACAAUUCGGCAAUCACCCGCGCGACGAUGAAACCCACUCAGUCGCUCUAUCGGAUGCCACCGCACCACGCGUACGCCACACUUACAUCGACGACACCUACGGCACCAGCCUGCCGCCCGAUCUGCUCGCCUUCCCAGCACGCGUACCGCCCACCUCACCCUCCAUGCAAUCGUCACACAGCAAUAUACCCGAACAAAUCAUCUACGGCAUACGCUCACCACCGCUCACCAGUCCUGUGUACGCGCACAUGACACCGCAUGGCAUCUACGGCACUACAACCAUCGCCGCCGCCACACCGAACGGUUUCAUGACACUACAACAUCCGAAAUCGCGCAACUUGGCGCUCAUCGCAGCGGCUAACAAUCGUCAACAGCUGCAACAGCAACAUGUACACGCCCACCUGCCGCCACAGCAUGGCGCACACCAACAACAAUCACCGUUCUUGCCAGCGCCCGUUAUGUACUCACCCACCACAGCGGUGGUGAUGAAGCAAGGCUACAUGACGAUACCGCGCAAACCGCGCGUACCCAGCUGGGCGCCCUCCACAUCCACCACAAAUGCCACACAAUUAAGCGAAUUCCAAUCGCCGACAUCGCCAAAUCCCAGCGAAACUGGCACCGCCACCACAGCCGAACUGCAAGCGGAGCCCGUGUACGACAAUCUCGGACUGCGCACAACAGCCGCUGGCAAUUCGACGUUAAACUUGCACAAAGCACAUUCGGAGGCGAGUAGCGGCGCUACUUCGUCGACGCGUUACACAAUGCGCGACCGGCCGUUACCGGCAACGCCGAGCCUUACAUCGGUGGCGUCAUCGAGCGCAUCGGCAGCCAUGCAACAGCCGCAGCUACAGCAUACACAGCAAGCGCAGCAGCAGCAGCAGCUACAGCAGCUACAACAACACACGCCAACAAAGCAAAACAAAAGUGUCGCGAGCACAUCAGCGGCCGCUGUGACUGCUGCGAAAAUCUACGAACCCAUACAGGAGCUGAUGCAUAAUCAUCAUAUGACAACGACCUCCGAUACGGAGCCACUUUAUGGCACCGCGCGACAUCACAACGGUCUCACCAUUGUGCCGAGCAUCAGCGGCAGCAGCGCAUUGAACACUUCCACCAGCACCAACGCGUCGACGAGUGAGCCAACGAAAGUGACGAAAAUACCGCCACGCCCACCACCAAAACCGAAGAAGAAGAUGUCGGUGACGGCAACACGCGGCGGCCAAGGCAGCACCAGCCAACUGUUCGACGACGAGGGUGAGGACGGCACUGAAGUUUAGUUGCACGACAACAAUGGCGGCGACAGCAAUAGCAACAGCAACCCCAACAGCGACGACGCCACCUAAAAGUUUGCAGAAAAAAUGGCAGCUCAUAAUAAUAAACCAUAUGCAGUGACAGCGUGAAGCGGCAACGUAAAUGUAUGGUAAAUGUGCGAAAGUUUAGUGUAUAGAGAAAGAAAUGAAGGAAACACUUAAAAUGGGCGCACUUUGCACAGUAAGCGAAGGAAUAAAGAGCAAAAACGAGCGGAAGCGCAGAAAAAGCUUUGUAGCUGUAAAAGCUGUAAGCAGAAUAUGCUGUCGGCGAAAAAUGAUAUUGCAGCUGAAAUUUGGUGCAUUGAACUUUGGCUAAGCUUUAUAACGACGAUAUUUGCCAAACGGAAAGGCGCUUCUUACCACUUUCGCGUAUAUUUUACCAUACUCCAAAAAAAAAAAAAAAAAAUUUCUACUCUUAAAAAAAGCUGCAAUUUUUUUUACAUAUUUUUUUACUAUUUAAUUGUAAGUACAGUAGCGAUAUGUACAUUCUUAGCUAGUUAUACAUUUGUAAAAAGGAUAAAAAACAAAAACAAAAAACAUAAAACGAAAAGAAAAAAAAAGUGGUAAUGAAAACGAGCUAACUAAAUUAGUAAAGUUUAACUUUAUAUUUUAAGCGAAAUUUUCAAAUUAUAGACGAAAUGUGUAAAACUGAAGAAUAGUAUGAUAUACAAUAGUAUAGCUAUAUAUAUAUAUAUAUAUAUAUAGUAGUUGUAAGUGAUAUACUAAGCAAAAAUGUUUUAGUAUUAGUACAUAGGCAUGUAUGUAAUUGAAGUAAUUAAGCAAAUACUUGUAAUGAAUUAGAGUAAUGAAAGAGCUGUAAAGCGAGCUCUCGAUUGCGUAGUUGGAGGAAUUGUACAAUAUUUAAGCAAAAUGAUUUUAUGCUAACCGAUUUCAAUAUGUAACAUAUAUACAUACAUAUUAUGCAUUAUAUAUAUAAAUGUUAUAUAUAUUUCUAUUAUAUAUUAUAUGCCGCUAAUUGUAUGUAAUUAUUCAUGCGUAAAUAUUACAACAGUAAAGCGAUGUAUAACAAACAGAAAAGCAUUUUCAAAAAUUUGCAUGAUAAAAAAAAAAAUAAUAACAUAACUACAGAAAGUUUUUAAAAAUGUGAAUUAAUAUUAUUUUAAAAAAAUUUUUUCCAUCAUAAUUGAAAAACUCAUACAUAUAGACAGUGCAAAAAAAAUGUUUUUUUUUUUUGGAAUAUCAUAAUUGAAAAGCAUACAUAUAUAUACACAGUGAACAAGCGCGAAAAUAACUGUAAAUAGUUUAGAUUGCAUGUGUUGGUGCAAUUUAUAGCUGAUAAGUGCAUAUGCAGCUGUACAACAGGUAUUGCUGGUGUUGAAUAAUGCAAAUUAUAUGUGUAAAAUUUUUAUUAUGUAAAAAUAAGGAACAGCAAUUACCGGCUACAAAAACAAAUAGCACAAUUAUGCCGAAAUCCUGCAGCUAAUUUGAAUUAAAAUUGUAAUUUAUUAAAAAUGUAUACAAAAAACAAGCAAGCAUACAUAUAACAUAGAGAUAUAAACAAAUCGGAAAAAAAUUAAUUGAAAUUGUAUAUAGCAAGCACACACAUACAUGCAUACACACAUACAAAAACAUAUACAUACAGAAAAAGCUUAAAUGCAGACUAUAAAAAAACAACGGUAAAACAAGUAGCAACCCAACUGGAAAUAAUCACUGUAGUGUGCUAUUAUUAUUAUUAUUUUUUU